AUCUUGAACACAUUACACACCCAAUAAUAAACUUUCCUGAAACGAGAUAAAGUGGUUGUCUCUUCUUCCCUUAUAUAUUGCCUUCCAAUCUCACUCCCAAAUAGUCACUCCCUUUGUAUUCUCACUCUCUAAACACUCAGCUCCCUCAUUCUUCCAUCAUGUUCUCCUUUCCACCAUUAUUAUCUUCCCCUUCUCUGCUAAAAACCCUACUUCUUGUAGCGGCAUUGUUUGUAUGCUAUACAAAUAGCUCUGCUUCAACCCCAACCAUUCCCACAAAGAUCGGAAAAGGCUACCGUCUUGUCUCCGUCGCAGAAUCUCCCGACGGUGGCCUUGUUGGCCACCUCCAAGUCAAGCAGAAGAACAACAUAUAUGGCCCCGACAUUCCCCUUCUACAGCUCUAUGUCAAGCAUGAGACUGAUGGGCGUUUGAGGGUCCAUAUAACAGAUGCAGAAAAGGAGAGAUGGGAAAUUCCAUACAAUCUCAUACCCAGAGCUCAACCACCCACAUUAAAGCAAAGCAUUACUAGUAAAUCAACAAAUGAGCCCAUAACAGUGUCAGAAUACUCCAGCAGUGGCCUAAUAUUUAGUUACACCACGGACCCGUUUGGUUUCGCGGUCAAAAGAAAGUCAAACGGUCAAACCCUUUUUAACUCCACAUCCGAUGGAUCCGACCCGUUUGGCAACCUGGUUUUUAAGGACCAGUACAUAGAAAUAUCAACCAAGUUGCCAAAAGAUGCUUCACUGUAUGGUCUGGGAGAAAACACACAGCCCCACGGCAUUAAACUCUUCCCAAACGACCCCUACACUCUUUACACAACGGACAUCUCGGCUAUUAAUUUGAAUGCUGACCUGUACGGGUCACACCCGGUUUAUAUGGACCUGAGAAAUGUGGGGGGUGACGUAAAUGCCCAUGCAGUGCUGUUGCUGAAUAGUAAUGGGAUGGAUGUGGUGUAUAGGGGAAGCUCGUUGACGUAUAAAGUGAUUGGGGGUGUUUUGGACUUUUACUUCUUCUCGGGACCCACGCCACUUGCUGUUGUCGAUCAGUAUACCGAGUUUGUAGGACGCCCUGCUCCCAUGCCUUACUGGUCGCUUGGAUUUCACCAAUGCAGAUGGGGUUACCACAACUUGUCUGUAGUUGAAGACGUUGUUGAGAGCUACAAGAAGGCCAAAAUUCCUCUUGAUGUCAUCUGGAAUGAUGACGAUCAUAUGGAUGGGCACAAAGACUUCACCCUCAACGCAAAGAACUACCCUCGGCCAAAGCUAUUGGCCUUCCUUGAUAAAAUUCAUAAACAAGGGAUGAAGUAUAUUGUUAUCAUUGAUCCUGGAAUUGGUGUUAAUUCUAGUUAUGGUGUCUACCAGAGAGGUCUGGCUAAUGAUGUAUUCAUCAAAUAUCAUGGCAAACCUUUCCUCGCUCAAGUUUGGCCUGGAGCUGUCAACUUUCCUGAUUAUCUGAACCCCAAAACAGUUUCAUGGUGGGCUGAUGAAGUUAAACGGUUUCAUGAACUUGUACCAGUUGAUGGCUUGUGGAUUGACAUGAAUGAAGCUUCAAAUUUCUGUAAUGGUUUGUGCACUAUACCGGUGGGAAGAAUAUGUCCCAAUGGAACUGGACCUGGUUGGAUCUGCUGCUUGGACUGCAAGAACAUUACAAACACAAAAUGGGAUGAUCCCCCUUACAAAAUUAAUGCUUCUGGAUUGCAGGUUCCAAUAGGUUACAAGACCAUAGCAACCAGUGCAACUCACUACAACGGAGUCUUGGAGUAUGAUGCACAUAGUCUAUAUGGUUUCUCUCAGUCUGUUGCCACUCACAAGGCACUUCAAGGACUUCAGGGCAAGCGUCCAUUUAUAUUAUCACGUUCCACUUUUGUUGGUUCAGGCAAGUAUGCUGCUCAUUGGACUGGUGAUAACAAGGGCACUUGGAAUGACCUCAAGUACUCAAUUUCUACCAUGUUGAAUUUUGGGAUCUUUGGGGUUCCAAUGGUUGGCUCAGAUAUAUGUGGAUUCUAUCCAGCUCCCACUGAAGAGCUCUGCAACCGCUGGAUUGAACUUGGUGCUUUCUAUCCUUUCUCUAGAGAUCAUGCAAAUUUCUAUUCCCCAAGACAGGAGCUUUAUCAGUGGAAGUCUGUGGCUGUUUCUGCUAGGAAUGCUUUAGGAAUGAGGUAUAAGCUCCUUCCAUACCUAUACACAUUGGCGUAUGAAGCACAUAUUAGUGGUGCUCCCAUUGCUAGGCCUCUCUUCUUCUCUUUUCCCAAUUUUACAAGGUCAUAUGGCUUGAGUACACAGUUCUUGUUAGGAAAGAGUCUAAUGGUAUCUCCGGUUCUAGACAAGGCCAAGACAAAGGUCCAUGCUCUUUUUGCUCCAGGUACUUGGUAUAGUUUGUUUGACAUGACACAAGUAAUUGUUGUCAAAGAAGGCCAUUAUCGCGCCCUUGAUGCUCCCUUGCAUGUUAUCAAUGUUCAUCUGUAUCAGAACACUAUUCUCCCAAUGCAGCAAGGCGGACUAAGAUCUAAAGAAGCACGAAUGACACCUUUUAGCCUCGUAGUGACCUUUCCUUUAGGUGCUAGUGAUGGAGAAGCCAAAGGAAACCUGUACCUCGACGAUGAUGAACUUCCGGAGAUGAAACUUGGAAAUGGUUACUCUACGUAUGUUGAUUUUUACGCAACUGUAAGCAAAGGAAAGGUGAAGGUGUGGUCAGGUGUUCAAGAGAGCAAGUUCGCAUUGGAGAAGGGCUGGUAUGUCGAGAAAGUUACUGUCUUGGGAUUAAACGGCAUUGGAGCUGAACUUGAGGUCGAAGUCGAUGGAAUUGCAGCUGUUGAUACUUCUAACGUGGAGUUCACUGCAACAGAACAUAAGUUUCCUGAUAGUUUAGAAGAAGAUGUGAAUGAUGACAUGAAGAAGAGUAUGAUGCUUGAAGUUAGAGGGUUGAAAUUGUCAGUUGGGAAAAAGUUUGCUAUGUCAUGGAGUAUGGGAAUCAGAGGCUAAGCCUUAUUUACCUUAUUAUUUUUCUUAUUUCAAAUAUCUAAUCAAAGUGUCUAAUGGAGAGGAGAUAGGCUAAAGUUGUGCACAUCCUUCUUUAUUUUCCAUUCACAAGAAUCAGAAGAGCAUUGAGAUUAUGAAUUCUAUUCAAUCACUUUUGAGUAUUGAGUCAUUCAACAGUGUAA